GCUUUGCCUUUUCUGGUAGUUAAAGCUGCUGAAAGAACAAGCAGGAAUUCUUUGUGCUGCAGACGGGCUGAGAUAUAAACCAGGCUGUAGAGGUUGAUAUAUGAAGAGAGGGGAGACACUACUGUCCAUGGACUAAACUCCAGCUACUGCUAAGUGAGAAAGUGAGGAGAAUCAUUUGGGCAUCAUGGACGAUGACUUUGAACGCCGCAUGGAGCUGAGGAGGCAGAGGAGAGAGCAGAUGCGCCUCGAAGCGGACAACGUGGGUUGCACCAACAAUGAUGAUGACGAGGCAGCUCGGGAGCAAAGAAGACGUGCAAGGGAGGAGAGGAAGAAGAUGAGGGAACUAGAGGAGUCUGGAACCUCCGAUGUGAUUGAAACCAACAGCAUGACAGAGACAGAGUCCUCCACCACCACCACCACUGCUGAAGGUGCCGAUGAUGACCAGGUUUUGCUGGAGCGCCUGGCCAAGAGGGAGGAGCGCCGGCAGAAGAGAAUGCAGGAGGCCCUGGAGAGACAGAAGGAGUUGGACCCCACCGUCGGCACCACCAACGGCACAGACAGCGCACUGGAGGAGCAGUCCUCCAUCAGCAGCAGCAGACAGCGGCAUACAGAGGAAGAAGAGGAGAAGAAGGAGGAGGAACCAGCUAAAGAGGAGGUGGCAGACGCUGAUACCAACUCCUGGAGGAAAGAGGAAGAGGAGAAGAAGGAAGAUGUGGAGGAAUCUGUUGACGAAUCAAGAACAAGGAGCACGAGAAAUGAGGAGGAAAUUGAGGAGAAGGCUCCAGCAACAGAAGAAGCCGAGCAGCCUGAUGCAGGAAUGAAAGAUGCCAAAGAGGAAGCUGUUCCUGAUUUUGACAAGGAGGAAGAGGAAAGGAAAAGGAGAGAAGAAGAGGAAAGACAGCAAAAAGAAAAGGAGGAAAAGCAGAGGAUAGAAGAGGAAGAAAGGCUAAAAAAGGAACAGGAGGAAAAGCUCAAGAAAGAGGAAGAAGAGAGGCAGCAAAGGGAGGAGGAGGAGAGGAAGAAGAGAGAAGAUGAGGAGAAGCAGCAAAAGGAAAUGGAAGAGAGGCUGAAAAAAGAGGAAGAAGAAAAACUGAAAAAGGAGAAGGAGGAAAAAAUGAAAAAAGAGGAGGAAAGGCAGAAAAAGGAGAUGGAGGAGAGACAGAAGAAAGAGGAGGAGGAGAAACGAAAGAAGGAGAUGGAGCAGAAGAAGAAGAAAGAGGAGGAAGAGAAACGCCGGAAAGAGCUGGAAGAGAAGAAGAAAAAGGAGGAGGAAGAGAAGCAGAAGAAGAAAGAGCUGGAGGAGAAGAAGAAGAAGGAAGACGAGGAGAAGCGGAAAAAGGAGGCUGAGGAGAAGAAGAAGAAAGAGGAGGAGGACAAGCGUAAGAAGAGAGAGGUGGAAGAGAAGAAGAAGAAAGAGGAGGAGGAGAAGCCCAAGAAGUUUGGUUUUAAGGAAAAGACUGAACCAACCAAACAGAACGGAGCCCUGUUUGAGAAUAAACUUAAGAAAACAGAGAAGACAACAAGUGCUCCCUCCUCAAAGGCAGAUGAUGCGGAGCGAAAGGAGGCCGAGCGUAAGCUGCAGGAGCUGAAGCGCCGGCGAAACGAUGCAGAAAGCGAGGACGUUGAGAAGAUGAAGCAGAAGCAGCAGGACGCAGAGGCCGAGCUGGAGGAGCUGAAGAGGAAGAGAGAGGAGAGGAGGAAGAUCCUGGAGGAGGAGGAGAAGCAGAAGAAACAGGAGCAAGAGGACAAGAAAGCCAAAGAACAGGAGGAGAGGAAGAGGAUGAAGGAGGAGAUAGAGAAGAGGAGGGCGGAGGCUGCAGAGAAGAAGAAACAGAUGGUGGAAGAAGACUCUACAAAACCUGCCUUUGCUAUCAGUCCCAAAGGCUCCUCAAAGAUCGGGGCGAAGGCAGAAUUCUUGAGCAAAUCAGCCAGUAAAAGCACCGCAGCCAGAGUGUCUCACACUCCGAUUGUCUCCAAGAUAGGCAACAGACUGGAGCAGUACACUUCUGCCCUCCAGGGAGCCAAAGACGCCAAAUCCCCAAAGCCUGCGGUGGCAGAUAUUCCUACAGGAGGCGCGCGCAGCAUCAAGAACAUGUGGGAGAAAGGAAACAUCAGCAACACCUCUGAAAGUCCAGCUCCUACUGUCAAGGAUGUGGCUGGUAUCAAAGGUGGCGUGGCCGGACGUGUCAACAGUUGGAUGGCAAAGCCUCCAGAGGCGGAGAAGACAGCAGCACCUGCAGCAGCAGCACCAGCAGCAGCAGCAUCACCAGCAAAGCCAGCAGAUGUGAAACCAGGUGAUGUCGGUAACAAGCGUGGCAUGUGGGAAACCAAGAAGAGCUCUACACCUGCCAAGGUGGCAGUUGGAGUCAGGAGCAAAUUUCACUAAUGGAGGCGUGAAAACCGAACCAUUGACAUCCCCGUUUAAAUUAAGCCUCACCUGACCAGACACAAGGCUUUGCCACUGUAUGUGCAUCCAUUUCCCCUCAACUUACCUGUGCUUUGCAUGAAGCCCACACCAGAGUGAGGAAAAGACGAAGGACCAGGAUAAGUGACUCCCAGCAUCAAUGUCUCCAGAGAUUUUUCCUCAAAAGUUAAACAAAAAAAAAAGUAUGUUUUCAUCAGACUUGACUUGAUUUUUUACUAAGGAAUUAAAAGUCGAUUUUAUACGUAGUGGCGACCCAGUCGCCAGAAUAGAUGUUGGCAACGUUUCUGCAAACCAUGGAUAUGUUACAUCUUGUCUGUCAUUAUGUAGGAGAUAUGUUUCAACAAUGCUGUGGUUAAGGUGUGGUUUGGUUUAGGCACAAAACCUACUUGGUUAUGGUUUGGAAAAGAUUAUGUUUUGGCUUAAAAUACCCAGUUUCGGGGGCACAUUCGCAGCAGGAAAAGCAGAGAUAUCUGCAAAAAUCAACCACUUUUUUGCCACUAUGCCUGCUGGAAAUGCAGCAAUGUCUUGUUGAAAAUCAACCACCGUUUGUGCCACUAUUCUUGCCGGAAAAGCAGCAAUGCCUCAGCAAAAAACAACCUCUUCGAGCCUUAAAAGCCACAGUGAUGGAUCCUUAAAAACACCCAUAUUUGGGUGUUUUGCAAAUAUAACGUGUUCGUAGUUUGCAGAAACAUAGACCAACAUUUUCUUUUGCUGACUGGGCUGCUAGUAAGGCUUUUCAGGACAAAGUGGCACAUGUUUAAUGCUUAGUAGGUUAAGGAUUGUGUAGUGUCCAGCUAUUUUAUCAAGGUUACAAAUUUCAGAUGGCUGUGCCUGAAUGUUAUAUUGCUCACUGACAUGUCUGCUCUUCUUGUCGUGUAUUGUCAUAUAGCUUAAUCCAAAUAAUAGGCAUUUGUGUUUUAUUGUCAUACACACUCACUGCUUUUUGGGAUGACAGUCACUGUUUUGACUCCAUGUGAUAACCAAGGCUGUUUAAUGUGCAUCUCACCGCUUAGAUUAAACUGCCACUGAGCUGGAUGUUGGGUGACGAACCUGUACAUAAUAGAGUCAUUUCUCAAGUCAGCACCAUUUUGUAAUAAGGCAGCCUUUAUUAAGGGUUUAUGAAUAGUAACUUAAGACUUUAUUAAUGGUUAAUAGUGGUUGAUAAGUCAGUAAUGAGAGCAGUUUUUGGGUUGCCAUGUCUUUUGCAUGCAUUGCCUUGAAGUUUGGUGCAGACAUUCAUGGUGCCCAGAGGAUGAAUCCUAAUGACAGUGAUGAUCCCCUGACUCUUCAUAUAGCGGCACCAGCAGGUCAAACUUUUCACUUAUCCAGUGAAAUAUCUCAAAAAUCUAAUGGAUGGAUUGGUACUCAUCCCUGAGGGUAAAGCCUUCUGGCAUGAUGUGAUUUUGCCAAGUAGGAAAUGCUCCUAGAUCAACUUCCCACGUUGCGAUCAACCAAUCACAGCCCUGUGACAUCGUCAGUGUGCUGCUCAUGUGCUUCCUUCAAAAUUCCUUGGUGCAUCCUCUAAGCUAUUUUUCCAAAUUGAAGUUAGUUGGUUAUAUUGAACAAUAUCCUCAGCAACACUGAAUAAAACCUCUAUGAGCUACUCCAGGGUCAGUGAGGUGGCUUGCUAAGUGGGUAAGCUAGGCUAUGCUAACAAGUAAGCUGCCAAUAGGCUAGUAUAUAAGCCAGGUAGUUUGCUAUCUAAGUCAGCUAUGCUACUAUGUAGGCUUGUCGAUAGGCUACAGUAUUAGCGAGUUAGCCUGCUAAAUUGGUAAAGUUAGGUCAUGCUAACAAUUAAGUUUUCCAGUAAGCUAGACUAUUGUUCAAUUACAAAGAGUAAGGAUAAUAGCUAACUCGGUAAUGUUCUAGUCUAUUUUCAAGUUUUCUUGUUAGCAUAGCCUACCUAUUUAGCAAGCUAACUCAUAAAUAUUCUAGUCUAUUGGCAAGUUUACUUGUUAGCAUAAACUUCUGAAUUAGCGAGCUAACUCGCUAAUAUUCUAGCCUAUUUAUAAACUCACUCGUUAGCAUAGCACCUAGUUAGCAAGCUAACUCGCUAAUAUUCUAGUCUAUUGGCAAGUUUACUUGUUAGCAUAGUCUUCCUAGUUAGCAAGCAAACUCGCUAAUAUUCUAGUCCAUUGGCAUGUUUACUUGUUAGAAUAGUCUACCUAAUUAGCAAGCUAACUCGCUAAUAUUCUAGCCUGUUAGCUUGUUAGCAUAGUCUUCCAAAUUAGCAAGCUAACUCGCUAAUAUUCUAGUCUAUUGGCAAGUUUACUUGUUAGCAUAGCCUUCUUAGUUAGCAAGCUAACCCACGGCACACUGAUGUGUCAGAGGGCUGUGAUUAUUAUUGUAAUGUUGGUCCAGGAAUGCAAUUUGGGAUGUUGAUCCAGGAACAUGUCCUACUUGGCAAAAUCCAGUUGUGCAAGCCUUCUGACUGAAAGUACUGCUAUUAAACUCGCACAUUCAUGUUUCCCUUGGAAUGAACUUCAAUAACCCCAGCCUUUCAUUUAGUGCCAUCAUCAGCUGAACAUUUUGUUUAUGACCAAAUACCUGCACAAAUAAUAUUCCUAUCAGCCUCAGCUGACCUUUGUGUUUGGUAUUAAUCAGCAACCAUUAGCUUGUUGCAGAAAUACAGCCUCACAGAGCAGACAGAGAGUCCUGUCAGCUAUGAAGGGCCGUUGGACCACUGAGUGCCCAUUAUACAAACUGAAUAGAUUAUUGUAAGUAUUCUUCAUUAAUGGCUUAUUAGCAAUUCUAACUACAGAGUUAAUUGCUUAUUAGAAAAUGAGAGCCAUAAGCACCUAAGUUUAUAAAGAGUGUCUUAUUAUGAAGCGGCACAUUCAGCCCAGGACCGCAGCCAGAGAAACACAGUGUGCACGCCGUUCAAUGCUUCUGUCAACAACACAUGGGUUUGUUACCUUUUUUAAACUUUUGGCAGUUUAAAAAUCACAUUAUUGUGUAAUAUAAGCACCAACAAAGUCUAUGAAUACGAGUGUAAGCAAGUAUCCACUGUAACAACUAUUCAGUGACCAAAUACAGUUUUAUUUAACAGGCUGGUAGCAGUCUUGCUUUUCUAUCAUCUGUUUACGUGCCACUAACAAUGCAGUUUAUUUGCAGCAGCUGCAACAGACAUAGAGGUUAAAAGACAAUGGCAACAUGCACUCUGUUUUAACAAUGCCUGUAAUUAACUUUAACUUGUAUCCUGGUGUUCCUGUCAGUCAGCUGUGCACAUGAGUUGAAUCCUGCCAAAAUGUAUUGUGAGUGUUUCAGCGGAGGGUUGCUUUGUUUGAAUAUUUGAUAUUAUUGUUUGUAUUUGCUUCAGCAAUAAAAAAAAUAAAGGAACAAA